CCGACUGCAACUGCAGCUGCAGCACCGCCGCGCCCGCCGCCCGCUUCGCCCGCGGGAGCCGGAGAAAGUUUGCCGCAGGAGCGUCCCCGCCGCCCCGCCGGGAUGAGCCUGCCGCGGGCGGGCGAGGAGUCUCCGCCGCCGGCCUGGUUGCCGAGCCACGUGCAGGUGUGGGUGUUGCAGGCGCGGGGGCUUCGGGCCAAGGGGGGCCCGGGCGACGCCGCCUUCGUGGCGCUGCAGCUGGGCCGGCAGAAGCACCGCACCGCCGUGGCCGCGCAGAAGGGCGGCUGUCCGCGCUGGGCCGAGCAGUGCUCCUUGGAGCUGCCGCCGCCGCCGCCCGGCCCGCGCCCGGCCCCGCCGCCCGAGCCCGACCCGCAGCUGCUGCAGCUGGUGGUCUGGCAACGGGCGCUGGUGGGCCCCGACCGCUUCCUGGGCCGCGCCGCCGUCCCGCUGGCCGCGCUGCUGCAGGACGGCCGCAACCACCCCGACCGGUGGUACAAGCUCCACUCGAAGCCGGGGAAGAAGGAGAAGGAUCGGGGUGAGAUCCAGCUGAGCCUGCAGUUCACGCGCCACAGCCUGACGGCCAGCAUGUUCGAUCUGUCGGUCAAGGAGAAGCCGCGCUCGCCCUUCCGGCGGCUGAGGGACAAGAUGAAGGGAAAGCACAGCUACGACCUGGACUCCUCCUCCGCCAUCGUGCCCAGCAGCACCGGAGCCCUGGACGACGACUUCCGCCCGGGGCCCCCCAAGGACAAGGCCAGGGGGAGCUUCUUCUUCAAGGGCCAGCUGCGCCGCUCCUCCCUCACCCGCUCCAGCACCUCCCUGGGCUCUGCCAGCACCCUCUCCUCCGCCAGCAGCCUGGGGGCGCUGGGUAGCACCGAGGGGGGGGCGCCCUCACCCAGCCGGCACAGCAGCUUCUCCACCGACCCUGCCGGGAGAGACUUUCUGCCCUCCCCCCAGCUGACCCACAAGAGGGCCUUCAGUGAUGAGGUGGGCCAGAUCAACCUGUUGCCAGAAGCUCUGCAGGGCCUGAAGACCCCAAAGGACCCCCCCUCCGGGUCCUCGCUCUGCAUCAACGGGAGCCACAUUUACUGCGAAGAGCCCUCCUCCAAGCCCUCCUUCCUCUCGCUGGCCCCCUUCCCUCCUGGCCAGAGUGAGCCUGGCAAGCAGGAGAGGGGCUCGGAGGCCGGACCGCCUGCUGCCCAACCGGAACUCCCGCCCUGGACUGCCAGCGAUUCCCAGAAAGGACCCCCGAAAGACCUCCCCCGCUUCAUCCCCUCGCCCCCCAUUUUGGCGGCGCAGGAAGAAGACAAGCUCUCGGUGAAGACCAUCGCCCUGAACAAGCAACGGGUGCGAGCCAGGCGGGAGGAGGGGCUGCAGGCCGAGAGCAAGCCCGUUCCCAUGGCCGCCCCCCUGGCUUUCCCCUCGGAGGUCCGGAGGGUGAGGCCCCAGGACGAGAGGGACCAACGUGGGAGCCUCAGGGGCCACGGCCAGAGCCCCGAGCCCCAUCUGGAGGCCCCGUCUGGAGAGAAAGAGGAGCCCCAGAGUGGCAGCAGGAUCAGUCCGAGAGACCCCAGAGAGCCGGCUCGAAGGCCCAGUUCCCAGCCUGGCCUGCCUGCCACUCCAGAGCUCUCCAAGGACCCCUGGGUGGUCUCUGAGGAUCAGGGCCUCCCUCCCUCCAUCCCGGCCGGAGAAGCGCAGCCCUCAUCCCUCGCCCCACCUGCCAGGCGCCUUCAGCCACCGCCGCCCGCAGCUGCCGCCGCCGCUCCUACGCGCCCACCUGUGGAAGGGGACGAUGGCUUUGCCGCCUUUGCCGCCAGCCGCCUGCAGCCAGCCGCUCCGGGGCCCGAACCCCCUCCCGCCACGGACCCCCCAGGGGGGGCGGCUGGCCUCCUCCCACAGCAGGAGGAGGGGCCCCCCAUCCCUGAGAGAGCCUCGCAGGGGAGUCCGGAUUGGCUGAGCCUCGCCUAUGUGGAGAGAGGCCGGGCCUGGAGUGGGUCUGGGGGGCUCCUGUUAGUGAGGGGGACAUUUGGGGAGGGAGCCAACUCUGCCCCCAAUGCAAGCAGCCUCCGAGAGGAGCAGGCCCCGGGGGAAGCCGCCUUUGCCCAGAAUAUGGGGCGGCUGGGCUCCUCCGUACCUCUUGCCCCAGAUGUGCCCGCAGAAGCCCUCAGCUGGACACCCGAGAGCUGCCCGCGUAACCGGACCAUCCCUUCCUUGGCCGACCCCUCCUCGGAGCAACUGGACUGGGAUCGAGAACAGCAGACGUUGCCCCAAAGCCAGGCGGCCCCCCAAGCUGAGAGCAGCGAGCCUUCUUGGCUUCCGUGGGACCCCCAGAGGGAAGAGGACGUGGGGGUCGAGGAGGCUGCCCCGACCAGCGGAGGCCCUGCCCAGGAGGAGCAAAGGGGGCCAGCAGAGACUGAGGGGCCGAGGGGGGCAGGGACCCCUCCUCCAAAGCCAUCAAGGAGGGUCCUCCCGCUCCAGCUCACCAAAGAAGCCAGUGGGGCUGGGAGGGGCACGCUGGAGAGCGCUCAGCCGAGGGGGGCAGACCCAGAGCCUCCUCCGCACCUCCCUCCUGUGGGGGUAGCUGGAUCCCCUCCAGCAGCUGCUGUCUCCCUGGUGCCAGCCGUGAUCAUUGGAGCAGGGGCCCCCGAGGGCCUCCCGCUGGCUGCUGCAGAGGCUCUGCUAGAUGACCAGCCGGGGGGCCAGGAGGAGCCUUCAGGGGCGACCAUCUUGGCAGCAGAGGAGGGGCCCAGCGCAGAGGCCCUGCAGUUCUCCACCUGCUCCUCCCAGCUCUCCUUGGGCGGGUUAGGCCUCUCGGGGGUCCCCGAGAGUCCCAGGCAGGAUGGGGAGACCGGAUUUGCCCCUUGGGGGCUGGAGGGGGCCUGGCCGACAGGGCUGCCUGGCUCGGCCUCAUUAUGGAGCUCAGAGAGAUUCCCCCAGCCCCCCGAGGCCUCCCAGGGCCCCCCUGAGCCCAGCCCCUCCCUGCUGUUCUGGUCUGCCUUGGAAGAGCCCCGGGGGCUGCCUGGAGAGGACACCAGCUUGGAAAGCCCCUGCGGCCUGGGACAGGACGAUGGGGCCACUGGGCUGCCCCCCUUGCCCCCGGGGCAGGAGCCGGAGGCCCCCUCAGGAGGGCCCAAUGACCAAGCGAGGGACUUCCGGAAGGCUUCUUUCUGGCAGGAGGGCAGGGGGGAGGCAGAGAGCAAGCAGGAGGAUUCCCCGCUGACCCCAGGCAACCCUUUUGCCCCCUGGGCCACCCCGUCUCCCCAGAAGAACCCCUUUGUGGAGAGGCCUCCUGCUGCGGAGGUGCCCUGGGCCCAGGCUGUCAUCCUUCCGGUCUCGCCCACCGUGGAUGCCCACAGCCUGGGAGAGAUUCCUGCAGCCACCGACCCUCCCAGGCAGCCCCGUUCUCACAACUUCUCUGUGGAGCUCCCAGGGGGCCCCAGCCGGCCUGGCCCCCCCCGGCCCUUGGCCUUCUCCACCCCUUCCUUCCAGCCCGUCCCAAGCCCCACUGACUGCAGCCUCCCUUCUCCCCUGGGGCCCAUCAGGGCAGGGGCUGCAGCGGACGGCCACACCGAGGUGCCCCCCCUGUCCCCCUUGCUCUCUCCUCCCAGCAUGGAUGCCUCGGCCCCUUCGGUCCAGCCCACGGAGAUGCUGCCGGCUCAAGACACCCCACGCCAGCAGACGCCCAGCCCGCACCCAGUCAAACCCAUGAGAAGCACGCCCGCCCCAGAGUCCCCACGCAAGGAGACGGCCGGCCUUGCUUCCAGUCCGAGCCAUGGCCAGAUCACAGGCCAGGAGCAGCUCGCCCCCAUGUCUGCCAUCAGUGGGACCUUCGCAGCCUCGGUGGUGCCGUUGGAGAAGAUGGAGGCCAAGCAGCAGAGCCCCUCCACCAAGUACCACCACCUGACGCGGGAGGAGCUGCUGCAACUUCUGCUGCGACGGGAGGCCGAGCUGGGCAAGAAGGAGGAGCAGGUGCGGGAGCUGGAGGGCUACAUUGACCGGCUGCUGGUGCGAAUCAUGGAGCAGUCGCCCACCCUCCUGCAGAUCCCUCUCGAGGAUGGGGGGGUCAAGGCUACCCAGUAGCCCCCCACCAGGAAUCCAUCACCCCUCCCUUCCCGCCUGGGGUUGGUCUGCCGAAUGCUCCCCUCUUUUGGCACGGACAGCACCCCAGGACACCCUGCUUCCUCGGCCCCCUCUGCCCCAGCCUGGGAUCUCUGGGCCCCCAAACGUUACGGACUCUUCUUGGCACGGCGGAGCGUGUCCCAGGCUGCAGGGACUUCCUGGCCUGUCCCUUUGGGAACUUUGUCACCCUGGCCCCACUGCAGUUAGGCAGCCUUCGCUGCCCACUUAUGCCCCCCCCCCCCCCCGUUCUCCCCUGGCUGAAAGGGAAGGUUUGCACACUGGGGGCGGUCGAAGGGAAAGCCACCCAGGAAAAUCCGCCUGACUGGACAGAGCUCCUGGGACUAUACUUUGCCUUGUUCCAUGAGGACUAGUAUCUUCCUCUGAUUUGUUCAGUGUUCAAGGCGAUGCCAGCACGCAGCACCUCGGAACCAGCCUGAUCUUUUCCGGGCCAUCUCAGGGCGAUUGGUGCUCUGCCUGCCCCAGAGAAGUACCAAGGGUUGGCUGUGCAUGCCAAAAAAACCCUCCUCCGCCCUGUUCCUCCCCCCCCCCCCCUACUCGGCCUGGAGGGUCUCUCUAAGGAAAGGAGGGGCGCAUCUGCCUGAAGCGGUAAUAAGACAAGACGUGCCUUUUUGACACCUCCCCUCCCCCAGAGAAAACCUGGCCUGCAUGUAAGGAUGGCCCCUCAAUCGCCUUAUUUACUGACCCCAAGAAUCCCACAGCAAGGAGAGGAGAGGCUGCACAGAGGCUUCAAAGUCUGGGAGGAAUGCCUUAGCUCCUGAGAGGCAGUUGGGGGGCUGACCCCCAGCGAAGCCUAAGGGCUCUGGGCCACGGGUGGAUGCCCUUCCUGGCAGCUUCGGUUGCUUAACUCUUCUGGAAAACCCGCCUGUCACCCGCCUGGCUCCCUUGGCAAAAAAGGCCUGGUGGGGGGUGCAACUGAAGGCCUGAAUCAAGGCAGCCCAAUGCCCCCAGCAUGAGGGGAAUCAAACGAAAGGAAACCCCCCCCCCAUUGGAAAUGGCUGGGCACGGAGGAACCCUUGGUUUUUGUUCAUCCUGUUUUUGCCAAAUGUUUUUACUGUUUGCCCCUUAAGUACGGAGGGUGGGGCACAUGAUAAGGAGGGGGGCUCCAGGAGAAGCUUUCAGGGAAGGGGGGGGCUGGUGGUCCUUGGCUGCGAUGGGGGGAUUUGUGCCUGUUCCCCUUGAGCUUGCAGUGAGCGGCCUCUUUGGCUGCUGUCCCCUUGGUGGCCCAAUGUCCACCCCCCCAUCUGGCCCGUCUUAGAGAUCUGGGUGGGAGGUUGUCUGUCUUCGCUUUGGAGAAGCUCUGUGUGGUUCCCCCCCCACAUCUGGCAGUAGCCACGCAACGCCUCCCCCCCCCAACCUUUUUCUCCAUUGCAGGCUCUGCCUUGUCCUGCGUGGCCUCUGGGAGGACAGAAGGCGGGGAGGCUCUUGUGUUAAGUGCUGUUGAUGAUGUUUGUUUCAUAAAAGUUUUGACUCUUUUCUGUUUUAAGCACUUUAAAGACAAAAUAAAAAUGGUUGAA